CUUGUGUUAUGAAAACACGAUAAUGUAGCCUGACCAUAACAUAAGUCUGUUAUCGAACAGUGAUACCACACAGGCUUUUUCUACAGAGUUGAAGGGGGGGUAGAGUCCGUUUUAAGAACUAAGUCAGAUCUAGUUCUCGUCGCUUGCAGCUUCUCUGUGUCAUGUCUGGGUGAGAGCUGCAUGUGGUUAUCGGGGCUUCAAACACGUGAGGUUGUAAACAAGACUUUGGAAGAGCUGGGCGGCCAUUGUCCGAGCUCCUGUGUGAUAUGAGGGUCCCUUUCUUCUCCCUGGCAGUCCUUGCCAAUGUCUUGUACCUGUGUCUGAGCUACACCCUGAGGAGCUCCGUGUCCUGGGUCGUCUCCUCCAACGACGUGGUGGAGGACGCGGACCUGUCGGAGGAGGUCGCUCCGGCUCUGCUGGUGGACGGCGCGGCGCUGUGGAAGCAGGCUUACCCAUCUUCAAACGUCGUCCUCGGGGGAGACAGCGUCGAGAGCCCCGCAGAGCUGGUCAAGGAGGAGGAGGACGACAAUGUGGCGCAGCUGUCCUCUCGUCUGUUCUCUUAUCGGCUGGAUAAGGUGAAGUCUUCCAGCAGCGGCGGUCCUCCACCGCACCAGGAGACCGCCAGGACCGCUAGAUACAUAGCUCACAACAGCGACUGGGGACAUCUAGCCACCAUUUCAACUCAAGACAAGAUCAAAGGUCUCCCUUUUGGGAACAUCUUCUCAGUCAGCGAUGGACCACUGGACAACAGCACUGGGGUUAUCUAUUUUUAUGUAACUCCAAUGGACAACACAGUAGCUGACUUGAAAAAUAACCCCUAUGCCUCCCUGACUUUCUCUGAGGCUGAGGGAGAAUUCUGCAGGCAGAUGGUGUAUGAUCCAGAGGAUCCAAGAUGUGCUCGACUCACCCUAACAGGCAAGAUGGUAGAGGUGGUCCCAGAGGAGCUCGCAUUUGCAAAGGAGGCAGUGUUCUCAAGACAUCCUGUGAUGGCAAAGUGGCCAGUGGGACACAAGUGGUUCUUCAUGAAGCUGGAGUUGAUCCAGGUGUGGUUGCAGGACUGGAUUGGAGGUGUAUCACUCAUUCCACUGGAGGACUACUUUAAAGCGAUGCCUUUUUGAGGAUAUCCCUUCAGCCUAUGCCAGACCAGUUCAGCCGUCUACUCCUCUGUGUCACGACUGACGGGGGCAAGAAAUCCCAAAAGCAGCAAUGUGCACAGAAUAUUUACAAUACCAUUGCUUUUUAAUUAGUGAAGGUAAACACUCCUCACUAUUUUUGCUUGUCUCGUCUCAGAAAAUCAGUUCUUCAGAUUCCUCAGAUUUGAUGUUUGAAUGUAUUCAAAGUAAAGAAGGCAGUGAUGUGAUAAUCACA